AUGAUCUGCUCGAUUUCUGGAGAACCCGCGCAGGAGCCCGUUCUGUCGCCCAAGUCCGGUCACAUCUUCGAGCGCCGGCUCAUCGAGACAUAUGUCCAGGAAAACGGCAAAGAUCCCAUCAAUGGAGAAGAUCUGAUGGUGGAAGAUCUGCUAGAGGUUAACACCAACACGCCCACACGACCCAAGCCGCCACAAUAUACAUCCAUCCCGUCGCUUCUGCAGGCAUUCCAGAACGAAUGGGAUGCAACCGCCCAAGAAGUGUUUUCGCUGCGCCAGCAGCUGCAAGAAACCAAGACUGAGCUCAGUACCGCUCUCUACAAGCAGGACGCGGCCGUCCGAGUGGUUGCUCGUCUGACCAAGGAGAGAGACGAGGCCCGAAAGGCCCUGGCCGAGCUGUCUGCCAACCUGGAGUAG